UAUUUCUGCCCUUUAUCGUUGAAUUCCCUUUCUUUUAUUUUUUUUUUUAAAUUUUAGAUUUCAGUUUUGUUUUUAAGAAAACGCUAGAUCGAAGAUUCAGUUAAAUUAUUCAUGUUUUUGUUUCUGGGUUUUCACUAUUGAAUGGCGAUUUUAAAUUGUUUAUAUAAUGGAUGCUUCUGAGAAUCCUGAGCGAAUUGGCGAUACUUCUACAGGAGAUGCAGUAUUCGAUGCAUCGCAAUAUGCUUUUUUUGGGAAAGAUGUUCUCGAGGAAGUUGAAUUGGGGGGAUUAGAUGAUGACGAGGAGGAAUUACCUGCAGUUGGACUUGAUGAUGAGGAGUUUUUGUUUAAUCGAGAGGAGGGUGAAGUUUUGAGACCCUUAUCAGACAUUGAUGAUCUUGCUAAUACAUCUUCAAAGUUGGACACAGCUUUUAGUGGACCAAGAGGUUCGGGGAUAAUUGGUGAUGGGGGAUCCAGACAAAGUUCAUCUGCUGCAGAAUGGACACAUGGGGAGGAAUUUCCUUACUGGCUUGGUCAGCAGCCACUUGGAACUGAAAGCAUUCCCGAAGGGAAAUGCCGGUCAGCACAACCCUUGGCCAAUUUGGAACCAAUGCAUAUCUAUAGGACAUCCUCAUACCCCGAGCAGAAGCAGCAGCUUCCGCCACAGCAACAACAUCAAUACCGUCAAAAUUUCUCUAGCGAACCAAUUUUAGUUCCAAAAUCUUCUUAUACUUCAUACCCUUCCCCUGAGGGCAGAUCUCCUCAGGCUUCACCGAACCAACAUGCUGGACACCUAAAUAUUCCUUAUAUGGUUGGUGGGCCACGGAUGGCAUCUUUGCCAAACCUAUCUGCCUUCUCAAAUUCUCAGCUUCAACCGCCUGGCUUAUGUCGUGGGCCACCUUUUUGUGGGAAUAUUCCUCAAUUUGCUCCUGGCCUGUCUGUCAGUAAUCAGCCGUCAAAUCAAUGGGGGAGCCAGGCAAAAUUGUACGGGGAUGAUUCCUGUAUUUUGAACAAUAUGUUGCAAAAACAGUUAUCUAAUCAAAAUGGUUUGGUUCCUCCACAAUUAAUGCCACAGCUGCAGUCGCACCUGCAGAGACUGCAGCAUCCUUCUCAGCCUUCAGUUGGCCAGUUUUCAGGGAUUCAGUCACAAUUAUUUAAUCCUCAUCAUUCUCCUUCCCCAUCUCAAAUGAACAAGAUUGAGACUAUACUUGGCAUUGGUGAUCUGAGAGAUCAAAGAGUCAAAUCAGCUCAGAAAGGUAGGCAGAAUCUACGGUUUUUGCAGCAGUGUUUUGACAGCGGUAGACUGAAGAGCAAUCUUGGGUGGCCUCAGUUUAGAUCCAAAUACAUGUCAACUGAUGAGAUUGAGGGCAUUGUCAGAAUGCAGCUUGUUGCAACCCACAGUAAUGACCCCUACAUGGAUGAUUAUUACCACCAGGGUUGUCUUGCAAGAAAAUCUGCUGGGGCAAAGUUGAGACAUCAUUUCUGCCCUACUCAGAUUAAGGACCUUCCUCCCCGAGCACGUUCGAAUUCCGAGCCUCACGCUUUUCUCCAGGUUGAUGCUCUUGGGAGGGUUCCUUUCUCUUCAGUUCGCAGGCCUCGCCCUCUUCUUGAAGUUGACCCUCCAAAUUCAUCUGUUGUCACCAACAAAGAUAAAAAAGCUUCUGAUAUGCCCCUGGAACAGGAACCUUUGCUUGCUGCUAGAGUUACUAUAGAGGAUGGUAUAUGCCUUCUUCUUGACGUCGAUGAUAUUGAUAGGUUUUUACAGUUUAAUCAGUUGCAGGAUGGUGGAGCCCAACUGAGACAAAGACGACAGACUUUCUUGGAGGAGCUGGCAACAUCACUUCAGUUGGUUGACCCACUUGGCAAGAAUGGUCAUACAGAUGAGCUUGCUCAGAAGGAUGAUCUUGUGUUUUUACGGAUAGUUUCCCUCCCCAAAGGCCGGAAUCUACUUGCAAGGUUCCUUAGGCUUCUUCCUCCAGGUGGUGAGCUCAUGCGAGUUCUCUGCAUGUCCAUUUUCCGUCAUUUAAGGCUCUUGUUUGGGGCCCUUCCCUCUGAUCCAGGAGCUGCUGAAACUACUAUUAACCUUGCAAGGGUUGUUUCCUCGUGUGUUCAUGAGAUGGAUCUCCGUGCUCUUAGUGUUUGUCUUGCAUCUGUUGUUUGUUCCUCAGAGCAGCCCCCUCUUCGUCCCAUUGGAAGUCCUGCUGGAGAUGGGGCAUCUUUUAUUCUGAAAUCUGUUCUUGAUAGGGCAACAAAAAUUGUGACUGAUUCUAGAGCUGCUUGCUAUUAUAAUACGACUAAUCUGCCCCUUUGGAAGGCUUCAUUUGAUGAAUUCUUUAACCUUCUUACUAAGUAUUGCAUAAACAAAUAUGAUACUGUGAUGCAGUCCGUGCGAAUGCAGGCCAAACCAAGUAUGGCAAUUGAUGGAUCAGAUGCUGCGAAAGCUAUUAAAAGGGAAAUGCCAAUUGAUCUCUUACAAGCAUGUUUACCCCACCUUAAUGACCAGCAGAAAAAGCAGCUUUGGGAUCUCUCUCAACGGCCUAUGCUUGUAGGGCAGUCAUGAUACAUAAGCAGUACCUAGGAGAAGUUCUAAU